CUCCUCUCUCUCUCUCUCUCUCCCUCCCUGUGAAGCGAACAGGGGGGAGAGGAUCAUAAAAAAAAGCCAGGAACGGCGACAGUGACAGCGCCUGCGGCUCCGGCGCCUGUGCGCGAUCCUCCCUCUCACUCACCGCCAACACUCGCACCAAUGCGCGCCCUCAGCCAUCUCCAGCAGACACCACCGCAUCACAGCACUGCGCCCGCGGUCUGAAAUUCACUCCCCCCCCUUUUUAUUGUAGUUGUUGAGCAUCCGACAUACGAGCAGCCAUCGAGACACAAACACUUUCUUUUCAAUCCUUCAUCUGAAUGACGGGCGGACGGUUCGACUUCGACGAUGGCGGCACUUUCUGCGGUGGAUGGGAGGACGGAAAAGCCCACGGACACGGCAUCUGCACCGGCCCCAAGGGCCAGGGCGAAUACUCCGGGUCCUGGACCAACGGGUUUGAGGUAGUCGGGGUGUACACCUGGCCCAGUGGAAAUACGUACAAGGGCUACUGGGCGCAGGGGAAACGGCACGGGCUCGGCGUGGAGUCCAAGGGGAGGUGGCUGUACCGCGGGGAGUGGAGUCACGGAUUUAAGGGUCGGUAUGGGGUACGCCAGAGUCUCAAUACACCUGCCAGGUAUGAAGGCACAUGGAGUAAUGGACUGCAAGAUGGAUAUGGGGUCGAGACGUACGGAGAUGGGGGUACGUACCAGGGCCAGUGGAUGGGCGGCAUGCGACAUGGCUAUGGCGUACGUCAGAGCGUGCCUUACGGCAUGGCCACUGUCAUCCGCUCCCCGCUGCGCACCUCACUGGCCUCCCUCCGCAGCGAGCAGAGUAACGGCUCCGUUCUUCACGACCACAUGUCCGACAGUCCUGCUGGCACCCGCGGCGGCUUCGUCCUGAACUUCCACAGCGACAGCGAAGUGGGCUCCGGCAAAAAAAAGGGCCUCUUCAGACGGGGUUCUCUGUUCGGGAGCCUCAAGCAGCUGAGGAAGUCAGACUCCCGUUCUUCCAUAUCCAGCAAGCGUAGUUCGGCACGAAGCGACGCCACCAUGAGCCGCAUCAGCUCUAGCGACGCAAACUCCACCAUUAGUUUUGGCGAUGGAGAAGUGGCUGACGAGUACAUGCCGGCUGAGGACAACGUCGAUGCCACCACCACCGAGUCGUACAUGGGCGAGUGGAAGAAUGACAAGCGGAAUGGAUUCGGUGUUAGUGAGCGCUCCAAUGGGAUGAAAUACGAAGGCGAGUGGAUAAACAACAAACGCCACGGCUACGGGUGCACAAUAUUCCCUGAUGGGACGAAAGAAGAGGGAAAGUACAAAAAUAACGUUUUGGUGCGUGGCAUCAAGAAGCAGCUUAUUCCCCUCAAGAACACCAAGACGAAGCAGAAAGUGGACCGUGCCGUUGAAGGAGCCAUAAGAGCGUCUGCCAUUGCCCGAACAAAAGUAGAAAUUGCCACCUCAAGAACCGCACACGCCAGGGCCAAAGCAGAGGCAGCUGACCAGGCGGCCCUGUCUGCCAGCCAGGACGCUGAUAUCGCCAGAGCAGUGGCCAGAGAACUGUCCCCCAACUUCUAUCAACCAGGUCCUGACUAUAUCAAGCAAAGGUUUUCCAGUGAGCCCAUCGAGAUUAAAGAAGUACCAGAAGAAAAGAAAGAGAAAUCGCCUUCAGGAAGUCCGCACUUUUAUCGCAAAGGCACGACCCCAACCCAGUCCCCUUCCCAAAGCCCCGGGCCCACACCACCUCCCUCCCCCCCUCUCAGCAAGAAAAAGCCCUUCUUUAACAGAAGUGCCCCAAAAGCCAUCAAAGAAAACAAGCCCCCUGCUGCCGAAAGCCUGGCAGCGGGUGUCACCAAGGCUACUUCCAGGUUAUCAGACAAACAGGAAGUAAAACAGGAGGUAGUACCCGUAGCCAAACCCUCCAAUGCCUCCAGCCCUGGGAACGGUGAGCUGCACUCCCAGUAUCACGGAUACUAUGUGAAGGCGGAGGUGAUGAUGCCACCUGAUGAUCCGGAUGACGAAGAACACCAUGCAACGUCAACUGCUCAUACCAGGAUGCCCCCACCUGCAAAGCAGUACCGCGCACCGACCCCCAAACCAGUAAUGGCCAAAGAGAGCAAACCCGAACCCAAACUGAAGAAACAGGAAUCAUUGAAGCCAAAGAGCCUAGCAGAAACUAAGAAAGCCAGCAUGGAAAUUACUACUGACAUUGUUGAGGAGGAGUCAGGUCCCAACUCAAUAUUGGUCAUACUAGUGAUGCUGAUAAAUAUUGGACUGGCAAUUAUUUUUGUCCAUUUCCUCACUUGACGGCACACUAAACUCAGUGAGCUCAUGAAAACUAGGCCCUACAUAGGCCCCUAAUUCUCCGCACUUGCGUCAAUGGCCUUUAAAACAAAAUGGCACCAGUCAGACUCAGACACAGGCAAAGGACUGGACGACUGGAAUUAGAGCAAAUCAUGGGAGAAAGACGAAACCCGGACCAUUCGGCCUGAGCCAACCCAGUUCCUCUGGCGAUGAUUUGUGACUCGCUUGGGCUCUGAAAGCUGAAGCAAGCAGUCGUUGGGAAAGAAAAAGAAUCUGCUGAUCCAAGCCGUACCCAGUCAAGUGCAUGUCCACCCCGCUGCUAAGGGGAGGGGUGGAAUGGGGGGACUUAACUGGAUAUGUUCGGAGAUGCACUUUUAGUUGACGGAAGCGAACAGCUGCCUUACUAUUUUACCAACUGACGUUUUAAAGGGGAGAUGUGCAGUGGGUUGCCAGUGUGUUUGGGCAGCAGGAGUGUGUACCAGUGUCCGCUUUCCGCUUGGUUCGAAACACCAUGCACAUUUUGAAAGGGUCACUUGCCAGUCUUAUUCCAUUACCCAUCUCUACAGCCUUGUCUAACAUCUCUUGCUCCUGUUUUAGGAGAUUCAUCCAUGACAUGCCUGUGCAUGGUACUGGUUUAACGACUUUGUCUUGACUUUUUUCAUUUGUUUUCCUUUCUGUUGUGUUCUUUAUUUCUGCACCUGUAGCUAAGGAUGAUGAAAAUAUCCAAUGUAAAAUGAAACCUGAAAAUAACAGCACGUUACACUUUGAACUGUAAGAUUUAACAUGUCCUAUGGAGAAAAAAAAAAUAGAAGCAAUUUUUUUAAAUUGGCUUUUUUUUUUUUUUUUUUUUUUAAAUAGUGCGUGGUUUGAUUUAAAAAAUAUAUAUAUAAAUAUAUUUAUUUAUUUAUUUAAGGUAUUAUUGUAAAAUUGUGUGUGUUUUUUCUUUUGAAAGAUAGGCAGUAUGUUUGAUGUUGUACUAGGGUAAAAUGCAUGGCUUUUAUUUUUUGAGAAAUGACUAACUGUGACAUUUUGCACCUUUAAUCUUCACGGCCUGAGACUCUGCCCUCUAACCCCCCCAAACCCCUCACACUACCCCUUAACUUGACAUGUGCAGAGCGGUACCUGCCUCAAUAUUAUGCCUGCUAAAUUGUGUUGAAUACAUUCAGGUCGACCCACUGGUUAUAAAUGCGAAUGUAGAGAUGGUUGCCUUUAAAGAAUUUGUAACAGUGUUAUAGUUUACCUCAGAAAAUGUGGUUUUUGAAAUGCUGUCGUAAUUAGGAAUUUUUGUGGAAAUCUGCUGUUAUUCUCCAUUAUUUUGGUCUGGUGGUGCAUGAGGAUGUGGUUGCAAUUAUUGUGCACAUGGUGCAUUCGCACCAGUAUUUAAAUGACAAAUGUAUACAUAUAAAUAGAUCUAUUUUAUAUACAAAGUCAGAAUAUAUUUAGUCAACAGUUGGACACUAAAUGGCCUUGACUAAAAUUACAGCACCGCAUCUUUUGCUGAUUGAUUCAAAGAUCCUGCGUGCAUGGUGUAUUUGCCGGCUAUGGAUGUGUCGUGGUGUGAAGCAUGAAUUUCAGCAGUAACAGGGUGACUGUUUUUACAGAGGUUUUGUCAGACUGCGAGAGUAUGUGAGAGGGAAGGAGGAGGGAAGAGAAGAGCAUCAGAAUGGAUGAUGGCUUGUCAUUUGACAAGAGAGAAUAAUCUUCAAAUAUAGAACAGACUUAUUUUUAAAGAAAUAAUAUCUUUUAAAGAAAUAUUUCUUUUUUUUUUGUGGCGGGGUAAACAUCUUUGAUUUACACUCAUUGGCUAUGUAAAUGGCUGUUUUUUUUUUUUUUCUGAUUUGUUUUCUAUUUCUGUUUAUAUUCCAUCCCGACAUGAUACAUAUUAGAUGUAAUUACAAUUUCCCCUUAAAAUUUGGCAUUUGUUUACCCAGUAAAGAUUUUUUUGUCAUUUUGUUUCCACUACCAAAAAAAGUUCAUCUCUAUACCAAGAAAAGUUACAAUUUCUGUAUUUUUCUAAAAAACAAAACAAAACAGCUAGUAUUAAAGAUGUUUUAUUGUAAAACAGCAUUCAAUUUAACUCUUUUGUGCUGUUAUGAUUUCAGAUCUAGCGUAGCUCUUCAAAUUGACCAUACAAAAAUUCACAACUGAAGAAUCAUAAAUUGCAAAUUCAAGAUAAAACAUUGCAUUAAAUCUAUGUUAAAGCAAAAAAAAAAUGGGUAAUAAAGACAUGCAACAGCACGAAAGGGUUAAAUACGGUAUUUAAAAUGGCUUGACUCUGUCAUUGUAAUAUCUUAACAUUUUUAAAUUGGUUUGAAUGUAUUGUUUUCAUUUUAAAGGUUGAACACAUGGAAAAAUGUUGCUGAAAGUUUUGAUAUGAACUGUCCCACACACCUUAAUGAUACUGAAACGUAUAUAUAGAUAUAUAUUAUUUUUUGGAAAUUAUUGAUAUAAAUUAUAAUUAAAAAGGUGACUUUUCAAAGUCUUGAA